GUUGAUGCGGCCCACGUGAGUUGGGGGUUUUUAGCUCGAGAUUGGGUUAAGCCCUUAAGCUAGGGAAAAUUGCGUGGUUUCUCUGCCGCUCUACACUGGUUUCUUUCUGUUUCAUUUUCAAUUUCUUGGUAUCUUGUUGCGUCGUAUUCUUUUGCAAUGGAGAAGCAGUUGAAGCCAAAGCAUGAGAUGAUGAAGAAGAAUCAGCAUAAGCGAUUGGGAGGAAUGGGUCUUUCUUUGGAAGCCUUUGCAAAUGCCAAAUCAAAGGACAACCAAUACAAUCCUGCAAUAAUAAAAAAGCAAAGGGAGUUGUACAGGAAUGCAAAACAUGUGAGCAAAUACAAGAAGUUUGUGAAGAAAGAAGGUGAAAAGUAUAAUACUCCGAGAAACAUAAGCAUAUCAGAGGAAGAACUGAAACCGCAAGUCUUUCAGAGAUCUGAGCAGGAUGAAGGUGAACUCAGAAGCAGUAAAGAGAAGAGGAGGAAGAAAAAAGUAUCACAGAGUUUGAUGCAAGAAUAUGAGAAGAAGCGACAAGAAGAAGAGAAGGCGAGAGCAGAGAGAGAAGCUAUUGCAAAAGCCAAGCGAGAAGAUAGAGAGAGGGUAGAAGCUCAGCGGAAGGCACUAAAAGAGAAGAUGCUGAAGAAAACGCGUUCGGGGCAGCCCGUCAUGAAAUACAGACUUGAGCAUCUACUGCAAGGCAUUCAAAACUCCUCUAACUAACCAUAUCAUCAUCGUCUAGGCCUUAUUCUAUGCUCCAACCAGAUUUUGUUUCUUUUCACUUUUUUUUUGACUUUUAGUCAGCACAUAUUAAAGAGCUGACAAAUUUGACAAAUUGAGUGAUAGCAAUGCAAGUAUAAUUUAGAAAGAAAGAGAGAGAGAAGAGGAACCUGUUGAGGACUUGUGCCUUAUUUGGAAGAGUUAGUGUUGAAAUUUUGAAGGUUACGUGUAGUCAUUAGGUCGGUGAAUUAAUUUGAUAUUGUUUGUGUUUUGCUUGAAAAACACUUUUCACC